GGUAUUCCAAGUCACGCGCUUUCCUUACCCCUUUGGUCACUCCGAUCCAAAGCGUUAAGAAACCCAAAAAUUAUAUCAACACAAGAAACCCAGAAAAACAAAAUCUCAUUCUUUUACUUUCACUUCCAUUUUCUUUCAGAUUACUCCACCGUUCACCGGAAAAGGAUAUCAACUUCUAUACCAUGAACUCUCCGGGAACUGGGAUAUUCAGUGGAUUUACAAAGCUAUGCAAGGGACUAGCAGUGAUACUAAUCGGUGGCCACAUUGUGGUUCAGCUUCUUCCUUCCUCUGUUACUUAUCUUGCUCUUAUUCCCGCCAGGACGAUUCCUUUUGGUUGGAACCUCAUAACUGCUGGUUAUAUUGAACAAUCAGUACAUGGGGUGGUUGUCAGCACUCUUGGUCUUAUUUUCCUGGGGAAGUUGCUUGAGCCUAUAUGGGGUUCUAAGGAGUUCUUGAAGUUCAUCUUUGUAAUUAACUUUCUAACUUCUAUCUGUGUUUUCAUUACUGCUAUUGCCUUGUACUACAUAUCAAGGCAGGAAAAUUACCUUUACAUGCCUCUUUCUGGCUUCCAUGGGGUGCUGGCUGGCUUCUUGGUUGGUAUCAAGCAAAUUGUACCUGACCAAGAGCUGUCUUUGCUGAAAAUAAAAGCAAAGUGGCUGCCAUCACUUAUGUUGUUGCUUUCCAUUGCCAUAAGUUUCUUCACUCCAGAGUCAGCAACAUACCUUCCAACUUUAAUAUUUGGAACAUACAUUGGCUGGAUUUACCUCAGAUACCUGCAGAGAAAACCAGAAGCAAAACAUAGGGGUGAUCCAAGUGAAGAUUUUGCAUUCUCUACAUUCUUCCCUGAAUUUCUCAGACCAAUCAUUGAUCCCAUUACAUCAAUAUUUCACCGGAUGCUUUGUGGAAAAUCUGAAGCUUCCACAGAUGCUCAGGGUUAUACCUUGGGAGGUGCAACAUUACCUGGUUCUGACCCCAUUGAGGCAUCAAGGAGAAGAGAAAGAGGGGCAAGAGCACUAGAGGAGAGAUUGGCAGCUGAGAAGUUGGCUAAUCGACGGAAUUCGGAAGAGUCACAGAUAGAAGGCGCUGAUAAUGUUUGAUUGCUCAGAAACUCCACCAUCAUCGAUAACUACAGAGGUUAUGCAAUCUCAGGAGAAGUAUCUUUUUGUGGACUCUGGUUAACAGUUCUGUUAUAUAUUUUCCGUGGAUUAUGAUUCUCACAGUACACAAAUUGCUUUUCACUUUUGCUUUUUUUUUUUUUUUUUUUUUUUGUGUUUUAUGCACAAUGAUCCAUAUAUAGAGUAGAAAUGGAAAGAAGUUACCCUUACAUUAAAAUGGAGGCAAAAGUCUUUUUUUUUGUUUUUUUUGUUCUUAUUUGAGGGUUGCUUGUAUAAUUUGAUUUUGGACCAUUUUCAUUACACUUUCAAUGAAAUGUGGACCUUUUUCUGUGUACGAGCUUUGGGUUUUGUUCACCGUCUUUGCCCUCACUGCCAUACAUCUCUCACUCUUUUUGUGAUCUUUUAUGUUAACAUGCUUCAGUGUUAUCGUCAUCAACAUUCAACAGACUUCAGGAAAACAGACUUCAGUAACAUUUUCCUCCAUAUUUUUCCUUCAUAUUUUUCAGGCAUGACAGUUUAUGUAUCCAUAUUUAUUUAUUUCAUAUCAAAUAC